AUACAACCGACGGUAUAGAGAGAGAGACAAUAGUGGACAUAUCAUAUGAGAGUGGUGGUCGGUUUCAAUUGGUGGACGCCACCCCACUAGAGAGAGAAAUCCUGCAUUAGGUAUAGGGUGGGUGGCGUUGGGUGGGUAAGUAGGUAAAUGACAACUAAAGAUUUUAGAGAGAGAGAGAGAGAAACAGAUUGUUACGUGUGAGUGGUGGAGAAAAUGGGUUGUGGGGUGGACCGGUGGCAAGUGGGGUGGGCGUAGAGAGUGCAUUAUCACCCAUUUGCGCAUGCUAGCAUCAUCAUCCUCACCCCACCCAACAGCCUAAGUCCUUUCUCACUACAAUUACUGUUACUCUUAAAUUCAAUGCCUAUGUGCUAUCUCAUGAUAUCAACCACCACAACAAUACCCCCACCACCACUCCCAACCACCCCAUCUUGCUAUCGUGCGCUCCUUAACAUUGUUUGUCCCUUUAUACAUCCCACAUUAGCAUUAAAAAACAGUCACCAAUUUCCUCUUUAUCUUCGACACUAUUUUCUCCCCCGUCUUGCUAACGUGCACUUCCUCCAUCACCACCAGUUUUUGACCCUUGGCACAAAUCCCCCAACCUGCAUCCUGUCUUUGAUAAAAGUUUUUUUAUUUUGCCCAAAGAUGAGAACUUUUUGGUCUGUAACCACGCUACCGCCUUGCUAACGUACGCCGCAACCACCUGCACAACAGAUCUAUCGAAAGGCGACGCCGUCAGGUUGGCUAACGUGCGCCGUUUGUCUUGAUUUUGAUUUCCGGUCCUUUUAUUGUACCAUCCGAACAAGCCAUGUCAUCCACCGCAACAGCCACCACUCUCGCCGUGGGGGACGUAGUCGCCACUGAAACGGUGGAAAAACCUCCCCGGAGAUUCCCGCCUCCAUGCUGGACCCAAGAGGAGACGCUGGCUCUGAUUGACGCCUAUCGCGAGAGGUGGUACGCUCUCCGGAGGGGUUACCUGCGCACGGCGGAUUGGGAUGCGGUGGCGGCCAUCAUCAAUAGCCGCUUCUCCGACGCCCCCAUUCCCAAGACCUCGGCGCAGUGCCGCCAUAAGAUGGAGAAGCUCCGCCAGCGCUACCGCGCUGAGAAGCAGCGAUCACUCUCGUAUCCCUACCCUGCCGGUCGCUUCAUAUCCUCCUGGUUCUUCUUCGACUAUAUGGACGCCAUGGAGAACGGAACAGACCCUCCCUCGGCAGAUACUGGAUCCGGUGAAAAACCCGAUAAUACUGCCUUAUUGAAAUCAUUUCUCGAUCAGAGCAUACUGAAAUUGAAGCUCAAAUCAAAGAAUAAUGUCAAUUCUAGCCCAAUUUUGGAAGCAAAAAAUUCUGAGUAUACUUCAUACUUGGACAUGGAAGACAAUAAAGAGGAGCAGGAUCUAGAACAAGAGGAGGAUCAUACCGGUUUCGGAACCAAAUUUCGUUCUGAAAAGACUAUGGGAGGAUUUUCAGUGCCUCCUCUGAAGCUUAAAGCAAAGAAUUCAAGCAAAAAUUUCGGUGAAUCCAACGCUAAUUUCAAUAUCAGCGGUGGGUUUUAUAUGAAAUCCUCUGGAGAUAUGAUCCCCCCAGGAUUAAGAAUCAAGAAGCUGGGAAAACCCGAUAGAAGAAUGAACCCUGAAUUCCACUACGGCGAUGAAGAAUAUUGGGGUUUGAAAGGGGGUUUGAAUCCAGGAAAAGCCAUGAACGGGAAUGGGGCUGGGAUUAAGAGGGGGAGGAAUCCAGUCGAGGAAAUGGUCGAAUCAAUUAAGUUAUUGGGAGAAGGAUUGGUGAAGAUGGAGAAAGCCAAGAUGGAAAUGGCUAGAGAAAUGGAAACAGCGAGAAUGGAGAUGGAAUUGAAGCGUAAUGAGAUGAUACUUGAAUCACAGAGACAGAUUGUGGAUGCUUUUGUCAAGGGCCUAUUCGAGCUCAAGAAGAACAAGAAGUCCAAAAUCACCACUGUUCCAUCGGAUUCGUAGUCGUGAAAUUGAGUCGAGGAUUUCCAUAUUAGACGUGUAUGCAGUUCUAGAUGUAUGUCGGAAUCUGAGUUCUUUUACUAAAUAAGCCAUAAUUGUACUAUUAGCAGCUUAAGUAGUGAUAUUUUCUUUGAGCUGUUUUGAACCUAUCUAAUUAUGAUUAUAUAUGUGUAGAUUUCUAUUUUCCCUUUCCUGUGUAGUUUGUUGUUUUUGGAUUUGGAGAUGGUAUAAAGAGAAAAUUGCCCUUAA